UCCUUAAACUCGACCAAACUUCUGUUAGUAAAUAACAAUGACCGAGAAUACAAGCCGGUCAAGAAACAUCUCAUUCGAGCAAUUAAAAUCCCUAAUAGACUUCAUGGGACAGCACAUUGAAUUUGCCACUGGUAAUUGCCGUACUUUAGAAGCUCGACAUGCAUCGAAACGUUUGUGGGAUGAGUUAACAAAAACCCUAAACAACAGUCGCACGGGCACUAAGAAAACUUCAGAUGGAUGGAGUAAGUAUUGGAGUGAUUUCAAGAAUAAGUUAAAAAACAAAAUUAGCUUAUUAAAUAAGAGACAGCGAUCAACAUCGGCAUCAAAGAAAGGUAUAACACCAUUAAGUAAACUGGAAAAGAGAGCUCUUGUUAUACUGGGACCUUAUUUUGAGAGGAAAAAAGCCAGGAGAAAGUGUGAAUUCUCUAACAAAGCAAUCUCUAGUCAAAUGCCACCAGAAAUAUUAGAAAAGAAGUUAAGAAAAGUUAGAAGCUUAUCAAGACGAUGUUUUCAACUACUCCAGCUGCUGCUGGUGCACCAGUCUCCAGAUCCUGAGUUCUGCCGUCUGUAG